AUGGAUAAAAACAUCAUCAUCAAUAAUAAUAAUAAUAAUAAUGAAGAAGAAAAUUUAAACUAUAUAUUAUAUAAAAAAAUAUUUAAUAAUAAAUUUUUAUCAAAUUAUAUAAAUAAUUUUAUAUAUAAAUUAAAUGAUGAUUAUAUUAAACAGUAUUGCAGCGAUAACCACUACCCAAAACCAUUAAAUAAAUAUUUUUUAAAAGAUGUACCAUAUAGCAGUGUUUUUCAAACCAAUAAUAUAUAUCUUUUUAGAGAUAAAAUAAAAUCUAAAACUACAGCAACAGCAACUGAUGGAACUAAAAAAGAAAACGAUAUAGUUAAUCUAUGUAAAUUUUUAAAAAAGAAUAAAGAAAGAAUAACAAUUGAUGAAAUUAAAGACUUUUAUCAUCUAAAUAAAGAGUAUUAUUUUAAAAGCUUGGAUAGUCCAGAAAGCACUGUUAUUGAAUCAAUAGUAAAUCAUAAUUUAGUAUCGUUGUUUUCUAUAGUAUAUCAAGACCAAUAUGAAAUCUUUUUCAGUUACAAAUCAAUAUUCAACUCACUAAAAAGAAAGAGCAAAAAGGUAUCAUUAAUAGGUGAAGCCAAUUCAAAAUUUUUUGUAUAUUCUAAUAGAAUUUUAAUUAUGAACUCAUUUCUUCGUUCUUCAUUGGAAAUGGUAAAGUUUUUAUACGAACAGCUCGAAAUCGAUAUAUUUCAACUUGCAUAUGACGACAUUCUAUUAUGGGCCAUUAUCAGUGACAAUAGGUUAGACCUAGUUCCAUAUUUAAUAAAAGAUUUAGAUUAUUUUAAAAACCAAUCCAUCUAUUCAACUAGAUCAAAAACAGAAAGCAACCUGUUCAGUGAAGAUUUUUAUAAUUAUCUAUUUUUAAUCGAUCAUAAAUCAUUUAAAAAAAUAAUUAAAUUUUACCCAAACCACACCCACAAUUACACGAUAAAUAAAAAAUGUUAUAAACUAAUUCAAGAGCAUACAAAUAAUAAUUUAAUAUUUGAUCAUCAAAUUAAUUGUAUUUUAAAUUUACUAUACCAUUAUAAUAAAAUUGUUAGCAAACCCACAUUGUCAGAAUCACCAUCAGAUUCAAUUAGCAAUAUAAUAAAGCAUUUAAUCGACUACAAUAAUAAAUAUCAAAAUAAUAACAAUGAUGAAAAUAACACAGCCAUAGAAAAUAUAAAGCAACUGUAUAAUUUAAAUCAAAAUAAUAAAAAUAACAAAAAGAAAAAAGAAAAAAGAAGUUUAUUUAAAUCGUUUCUAUCAAGUAGCACCUCCUCCUCGUCAUCAUCAAAUAAUGAAAAGAAUAAUUCUCUUGAUGAAUUUUCAAAACUAAACUUCGACAACUUUAAUUUAGAAAGAGAGGUAAAAAGAAUCUAUAUAUUUUUAUUUUUAAAUAAAAAAUUAAGAAGCAAUAGUACCUUUGAUAAAAUAUGGUUUUCAAAAACUUUAGUAUACUUUGCGUCAAAAUUUCAAGAGUUUCGAAUUAUAGAAAAGUUUUUAAAAGAAAUAAAUAAUAAUAAUAGCGAUCAAAACUCCGAUGCAAUUACUAAAGUUAUUCAAUAUGAAAUUUACAAAAACAUAUUUAUAUAUGGUAAUGGAGCAUUGUAUUUAUUUGCAAAAUCACUGAAACUAGAUAUCCACCUUCAAGUCUCGUUCUGUCUUUUAAACAAUUCAAAUAUAAAAGAUUUCAUCAACCUAUUGUUACUACUAAACGACCAUGACGACAACUUAUUUGGAUCACUAUUCUUUGUUGUAACAUCCUAUAUCGAAACUAAAGAAUUGGCAGAUCAAAUAAUAGAAAUCCUUCAAAAGCAUUACAUCAAAAAAAAUAUAACAAGUGGUAAUUACAAACUACUCGACUCUCGUUAUUUAGAAAACAAUUCCACUACACACUACUUUUAUAAAAAUUAUGAAUCUCUUUUUACAAAUUGGGAUCUAAGAUAUAAAUAG